AUGGGCAUAUUUUCUAACGCACCAGCUUCGUUCACGGAGAAGAAUCUCGCAGAUCAGGCUGGGAAGGUCUUCAUUGUGACGGGUGCGACGAGUGGCGUGGGCGAGUUACUGACAAACAUUCUAUACUCCAAGAACUCUAGGGUAUACGUGGCAGCUCGCUCGCCAGAAAAAGCAGAGCAGACUAUUCGCAAGAUCAAAACCCAAAACCCAACAUCUCGCGGAGAUCUAGUCUUUCUGCAUCUCGACCUCGACGACCUUUCGACGAUAAAGCAAUCAGCCGCAGAAUUUCUGGGCAAGGAGAGCAAAUUGAACGUUCUCUUCAACAAUGCUGGAGUGAUGGUCCCUCCACAAGGGAGCAAAACCAAGCAGGGUUACGAAAAGCAGCUUGGCACGAAUGACCUCGCACCAUUCCUCUUCACCAAGUUAUUGACGCCUGUCCUGCAGGAGACGGCGAAAGUCGAGCCGGUAGGGAGUGUACGCGUGGUCUGGGUCGCGUCAUCCGCAGCCGCGAAUUUCUCGCCCCGAGGCGGUGUGGUGAUGGACAACUUGUCCUAUGAGAAGGAUCAAAGCGCCUGGCAUAAAUAUGGGGUCAGCAAGGCCGGCAAUAUAUUUCACGCAUCCGAGUACGCCAGGCGGUAUGGGCGAGACAAUAUUCUGAGCGUGUCACUGGAUCCUGGCAACUUGAAGACACCGCUCUACCAAACCGCGCCAAAAUGGCAAAUGCCCUUCAUCAACCUCGUCCUCAAGGAUCCCAUUUACGGAGCCUACACGGAAUUGUUUGCCGGAUUUUCUCCGCAUGUCCAAAUGAAAGACGGGGGUCGGUUUAUCGAGCCGUUUGGAAAGGUCGGACACACGCGCAAGGAUAUCGAGUUAUCCAUAAAGCACAAGUCCGAGGGAGGCACUGGGAUCGCGGAAGAGUUCUACAACUGGACCGAGAAGCAAGUGCAACCUUUUGCGUGA